CUUAAAAAACCUUUAAUGUGUUGGUCACUAAUACAAAUUCAGUAUGAUUUGGUGAUUGUUCCAUGUGUACAUGUCUUUAGGAGACUGUUUUUUCGUGCUGCUCCCAUGCAGUAUAAUCACAUAUUAUAUUAUCCUGACAGAUCUGCAAAUGCCACCCAUGAAGUCAUCAAUGUCACCCUUCACACCACGCUGGCUGCUACUACCAAACUGGUGGUACCUACACCUGCCAAGCCUAUCCUUCCAGUUCAGACUGGAGUCCAAGCACAGCAAGAGGAGCAGUCUAGUGGCAUGACGAUUUUUUUUAGUCUUCUUGUUUUAGCUAUCUGCAUCAUAUUGGUGCAUUUACUGAUAAAAUACCGACUUCAUUUUUUGCCAGAGAGCGUGGCUGUUGUCUCUUUAGGUAUCCUUAUGGGAGCUUUUAUAAAAAUCAUAGAGGCUCAAAAGCUGGCCAACUGGAAGGAAGAAGAAAUGUUUCGUCCAAAUAUGUUUUUUCUGCUUUUGCUUCCACCUAUUAUAUUUGAAUCUGGAUAUUCAUUGCACAAGGGUAAUUUUUUUCAGAACAUCGGUUCCAUCACUCUGUUUUCUGUGUUUGGCACUGCGAUAUCAGCUUUCAUUGUAGGUGGAGGAAUUUAUUUCCUGGGCCAGGCUGAUGUAAUUUAUAAACUGAACAUGACAGACAGUUUUGCCUUUGGCUCUUUAAUAUCUGCAGUUGACCCUGUGGCUACAAUUGCCAUUUUCAAUGCCCUCAAUGUGGAUCCUGUACUCAACAUGUUGGUUUUUGGAGAAAGCAUUCUCAAUGAUGCAGUCUCUAUUGUCUUGACCAACACAGCAGAAGGUUUGACAAGAGAAAAUAUGUCAGAUGUAAGUGGAUGGCAAACCUUUCUACAGGCACUGGGGUACUUUCUUAAGAUGUUCUUUGGCUCUGCAGCGCUUGGUACACUUACUGGUCUUAUUUCUGCAUUAGUACUAAAGCACAUUGAUUUAAGGAAGACGCCCUCCCUAGAGUUUGGGAUGAUGAUUAUCUUCGCUUACCUUCCUUAUGGGCUUGCAGAAGGUAUCUCACUCUCAGGUAUCAUGGCAAUCCUCUUCUCUGGCAUCGUGAUGUCUCACUAUACACACCAUAACUUGUCCCCGGUUACACAGAUUUUAAUGCAGCAGACACUGAGAACUGUUGCUUUCAUGUGUGAAACGUGUGUUUUUGCAUUUCUUGGCCUGUCAAUUUUUAGUUUUCCUCACAAGUUUGAGAUGUCCUUUGUCAUCUGGUGCAUAGUCCUUGUUCUGUUUGGUAGAGCAGUGAACAUUUUCCCACUUUCCUACCUACUCAACUUUUUCCGUGAUCACAAGAUCACCCCCAAAAUGAUGUUUAUCAUGUGGUUUAGCGGUUUACGCGGAGCAAUUCCCUAUGCCCUCAGCCUCCAUUUGGGCUUGGAACCAAUAGAGAAGCGGCAGCUCAUUGGGACAACAACAAUCAUCAUAGUAUUGUUCACCAUUCUGCUGCUGGGAGGAGGGACCAUGCCCCUCAUCAGACUGAUUGACAUCGAGGAUUCCAAAGCACGCAAGAGGAACAAGAAGGACAUCAAUCUUAGCAAGACGGAGAAGAUGGGAAACACCAUAGAAUCUGAACAUUUAUCAGAGCUCACGGAGGAGGAGUAUGAAGCCCAGUACAUAAAACGCCAGGACCUCAAAGGGUUUAUGUGGCUUGAUGCCAAGUAUUUGAACCCUUUCUUUACCAGAAGACUCACACAAGAGGACUUGCAUCAUGGGCGCAUACAGAUGAAAACCCUCACAAACAAGUGGUAUGAAGAGGUACGACAAGGACCCUCAGGAUCUGAAGAUGAUGAGCAAGAGCUGCUAUAGGACACCAGGCAGGAGUGCAGUGAGUCUAGAUCAUUAGAAAGAGGGUUUAAGGAUCAAGAGUCUGGCUGCACAAAAGCUGAGAAUGAACUUCCUGAUUUCAGACACGUCUUGUGCUACAUGUUUAGAUACAAAACCACAGAUCUACUGGGCUUGAUAUUACUUGUCAGUGAUGGAAACCGUAAGUGUGAGACACUGGAAUGAAUGAAGAACCUUUCAUUCAGGUUUUACACCAUAGCAAAUUUAAUGCAGCCUAUUGAAAAGCAAGAACAUCUGCCAUGAAAAGAUCACAUUGUUUAAUGGGGGGAUUGUCUUCCUAUUAUGAAAUCUGUUGUAAACAUAUGCUGAAGUACAGAGCCACGUAUGACUCUGCAAAACAGAAUGAAUUGCACUUUACUUUUUUUUAUAUAUAUAUAUUCAUUCACAGCAUGGAGAAUCUUGACAGUUUAUACUGUGAAUGUUUCAGCACUAGUAAGGGAAUCUGACUGGAAUAGUUCUGUAAUUUAUGGGAUUUGCACAUUAUGGAUCUGGAGAAGAUGUGUACCUUGACAAAAAGCAUAUGUUGCACAUACAAGAAAGCACCUCUGGGAACUGGUGGUUUUGUCCUUUAAGUUCUUGAUUUCUAUUUUAUGGGAUUUCUUUCUUUUUUUAUACUGACAUAUCAAACCCACAGAACUGAUUAUAGCACGGUUUGGGGAGUGGGGGUUGUGUCACAUAGUACAGAACCACAUUAGA